AUGUCUGGGGGGUCUGCGGGCGAGGUGACAAAGGCAGAGGUGGGAGCAGCGCUGCUCCGCUGCGUCCUGACACCGACAGCUGCCGAUGUGGAGGAGACCGUCCCUGGGCUGUCAGAAUGGCUUCUGUCGCUUAAACUGGGGCACUGUGAAUCUGGAGCCCGUGACUGGUGCCAGAGGCAGGGCUACACCAAUCUGGAGCAGGUCGUCCCACAAUGGCAGUUGCUGGCAGAUGCUCUUUGUCUGCGGCCCUUGGAGCGACACCGCCUAGCCAAAGCUGCCCAGGCGCCCCCAGUCACUCGCUUCCAAGAGCAACCGGUCACCUUCGGGCCUGAGGAGGACACGACACGCUAUCGUCUUUUGGAAUCCAUCGGUGCUGGUGCCACAUCCAGAGUCUCGCGCUGUGUGGACAGCAGUGGCAAUGUCUUUGCCGUCAAACGGAUUGGCUUGUCCAGAUUGCGAAGGCAAGGGAACUUCAGGCAAAUUGAAGAACGGCUCCACCAAGAGAUUGCCAUCCACUUGUCGCUGCAGCACCCCCGAAUCGUAGGACUUGUGGAUGUGGUCGAGACGGAAGAGGAGCUUUGCCUUGUGCUGGAGCAUCUCGGUGGGGGCAGUUUGGACCACAUCAUUGUCAGAGGACCUCUAAGGGAAGAGCAGGCUUCGGAUGUGUUUCGUCAGAUUGCAGAAGGUUUGCAGCACAUGCAUUCCAGGGGAUUUGCACACGGCGAUCUAAAGCCUGCCAACAUCCUCCUCUCUGACGCACAGCACCUCCAGGUCAAGCUUGCUGAUUUCGGCCAUUCAAAAGUUGUGAAUGACGUCCUCACAGCUGACAUUGUUGGCACUCCGCUUUACAUGGCCCCGGAGCUCUUUGCACGGCAGGCCUUUGAUGCCCGAGCGGCCGAUCUCUGGUCCCUCGGCGUGAUACUCUACGAGCUUCUCACCAUGCAUUGUCCUUUUGCGGGCACGGGCGCGGAGCUGACAGAGGCCAUUCAAAAGUGUGAGAUCUCUUUCUGGGUCGAUGACGACAUCCCAGUCCCAAGCAGCAGCGCUCAAUCUUUGGUCAAGGCGCUUCUCCGUCGACAGCCUUCAAGGCGACCAACUUUGGAGUGGUGUCUGAUCCACUCUUUCGUCUCCGGCCCCGGCACCGUUGGACGUCUUCUUCUCCGCGAUGGCCUCCGCGCUACUGAAGUCUCUGAAGCCGAAGAUGCUAUGCUGCAAGAGCGCUAUUUGCUGCCGCAGUUGACUGAGAUGCACAUACGAGAACUGCGCAACGACCUUCGCAAGUGGAUGCUUCUACUUCGCGCAAUUGCAAGAGAUGAUCUGAACAUACGGGUGUUGAGUGUGAGAAGGUCUAAGCAAUUUUGGAACAGAAGUCCCAUUGCGCACAACUUAGGCUAA